UUUUUGUUACCCUUUUAAAACUCCACAGGUCUUCCACUGGCGGGAUGAAAUCGCGCAGUUUCCACUCCAAGAUCCUAAAACCACGCGUCCAAACAGCUCGUAUCUGACCGACCGUAGACACGCAUGGAUUCCACAGUUAGGUUUGUUUUGUGUUCAGUAGCCAUGUCUCCGGGGAUGUUUGAUGGGAAGAGGCAAACGCGUCUUCAGUGACCGAGAUUGCAUGGUAGAAAUCAGCCGACCGGGUUGUUCGCUCCUUCGGUUUGUGAGUUAGAGAAGGGAAAAAAGAGUGCGCGUGUUCAUCGUGUGAGCGUGCAGCAGCUGUCCCGCCAUGCCUCGCUCCUUCUUAGUGAAGAAAGUCAAACUGGACGAUUUUUCGGCCGCUGAGCUGGAGAGCUCGUAUGGUCACAGCCGACGAGAGGAGCUCAGUCUGCGGUUCCACCAUCCUGAUAAAGGCUACGUCAGCGAUUAUCUCAGUCCGAAUCCUUACGACGACGUGGUGGGGAGCGACUCGUCAGUCAUCUCCAAAGUACCCUCCCCGAGUCACUCGUCCAUCAUCUAUGGCCACAUUGACAACGCCUACUCGGGUAUCCAUGGCGACAUCCACGGCGACUCGGACCAGCCGGACAGCCCCCGGUCCGAGGUGUCGUCGUCGGCCGGCGGGUACAUCAACGGCGACGCGGCCGUCAGCGAGGGCUACGCGGUGGACGCGUUUUUCAUCAUGGACGGACGGUCGAGGAGGAGGACGGCGGAGAACCCGCGGGGCGCCGCCCAGCGGCACACCUGCAGCGAGUGCGGCAAGACCUACGCCACGUCGUCCAACCUGAGCCGGCACAAGCAGACGCACCGCAGCAUCGACAGCAAGAUGGCCAAGAAGUGCCCCACCUGCGGGAAGGUCUACGUCUCCAUGCCCGCCAUGGCCAUGCACCUGCUGACCCACGACCUCAAGCACAAGUGCGACGUGUGCGGCAAGGCGUUCAGCCGGCCGUGGCUGCUGCAGGGCCACAUGCGCUCGCACACGGGCGAGAAGCCGUUCGGGUGCGCGCACUGCGGGAAGGCGUUCGCCGACCGCUCCAACCUGCGCGCGCACAUGCAGACGCACUCGGCCUUCAAGCACUACAAGUGCAAACGAUGCAACAAGACGUUCGCGCUCAAGAGCUACCUGAACAAGCACUACGAGUCGGCGUGCUUCAAGGGGGCGUUCUCCCCUCUGAGCUCGCUGGGGGAGUGACGGAUUCGCGGGGUUUAUGAUCUGUUCACCGUAGAGCGUUCCUGCCUCGCCCUCCACUUCUCUUGCUUU